AUGGCUGAUGAUAAUCCGCUGCUUGUAUCUGUCGUAAGCACCAGUCCUUCAACAAUAAUCAGAAAGUUUAAUGAAGGAGACCCGUUUGGGAGCUUAUCCAGAGCUUGGCCAUGUGCUCGUUGUGGUGUCCUUCUGGGGAUAAUUCAUUUGGCAUUUUCAGUUUUUGUUCUAAUUUUUGACAUUUUCACGAAUCAGUUAACUCUUGAAAUCUUCUCAACAACUGCUGCAGUCUUAUACUUUGUUUGCGCCCUGUUAUGCUUUAUUGCAGUUCGACGAUUAGAUGAAGCAGCACAAGUUUUACUAUUAAUUUUUAGUUCUUUAUCUUUAAUGUUAUCAAUAGCUUUGUUUAUACAGAAUGCUCACAUCGUCAAUUUAUUAAGCGAAAAUAUAAGAUGUGAAAGUCGAUCUUGUUAUAUUCACGCUGUUUUGAUUUUCGUCGGAUUAUCAGAAGGGUUCAUAUGUUUCAUAACGACUUUGCUAUGUUAUAGAUCAUUGAAAUUGGCUUUCAGAGUUAAAUCUCCAUAUAGUCCCUACAACACCUUGAUAGUAGGAGAUUACAAGACUCUUCGAGUUAAUCCUCCCUUGAAUAAUCCGAGGUUUAAUUAUCGAGCCUCUACUGCUUUUCUUCAGUGA